AUGCAGAAGGUGACUACCUUGACAUCGCCAUCUUUGGUUGAUGCGGUUUCAGGAUGGUGUUACGAUCAUCUUGCAGCCGCAGGAGAGCAGAUCCGGUACCGGGAGUUUGCGACAAGACACAAAGCAAAGGCACAUAGAGUUCUCAUUGUUCCAGCAGCAGUAGGUCAGGAAGCUUUGGAGUUUCGCGGGAGGCAUGCCCGAAGUUUGAUCAGUCCUAAAUGCUUGACGUCGGCGCUCGGCAUCGUGGUGGAUUCUGUGAGGGCAGCUCCUGAGCCUGGGCGUGUUGCUGUUGCUGCAGGCAACAGCAACACAGGAGUUUCCCAGCGAGAGGAUGUUCCCGUGGACUUGCAUUUGUUCUAUGCAUGUGUAGCACAUCAUGUUCAAAACUUGCAAGACAUCCCCGACAUCAUACAGAUGGUGGGCGCCAUGCUGUUGCCCUCCAUGGGCUUGGAGCCGGCGAACGUGCCAGUUCCGAAAAGCAAAAAGACUUUUGCAAGGGACAUGAUCAAAUUGGAUUUGAUUCACACAUGGAGUAAUCGGAUCUUCAACAAGGCCGGGGAUCCACGGUGGCGGCGUGCCCGCUACCUGGGCAGCGACUCGUCGCCCCAAGGUGGCUACGAUUACUUCGCAGUUACUGAGGACGUUUUGGAAAGGAGUCCCGCCUUGGACUUCCUGACAGUUCGAUGCUUUUGGAGGUUUCACCUGGCACAGGCGAACGUUGAACAGGGUGCAGAAAACAUAGACAUGUAUCGGAGUGAAGUCAAAGGCUACUUGAGCGAUCAGGGAACGGAGAAGCAUCUGUUCGGUUUUCCGCAUGAGAAAAAUGCAACCCUGAACAGCCUUGCUCGCGGCCUGCUGUCCGGAGACGUGCAGCUGGAUGAGGUGGGCAACAUUGCUUUUGUGCACAAUGCUUACGGCAUUCCCGGAGUAAUGCACAUUCUUUUCAAUGCCCUUGAAUCAGCUCUCAAAACUUCCCCGUUGUGGGGCCCGUACGAGACGGAGCUGAGGGCUGUGGGCAGGGUUUUUUCGCAGAAGUCUUAUGUAGAUCUUGUGCUUCAAUUCACACCUGGCCUGUCAGCAGCAGACCAAGAGCUCAUACGUGGGCUGGAUGUUGCAGUGCUCGAUUGGAGAUGGGAAAGCAUCGAGUAUUGUGCAAAGUACUGGAAGCAAGUAGCCCCAAUCCUAACAGAGAAGUGGCAUGGCGGGUCUCUGGGAGCGUCCGAAAGGAAACUUGCCCAGGUGAUUCGUGCUGCUUUGGGCAGCACGAAGAACCGGGCAAUGACCUUGUGGACAAGCGUUCUCUCCGGAGCUGUGGGCCAAUGUUCAAGGUGGCUGGAAGGAUGUUUUUGCCAUGAGGGGGACAUAUCCUUCAGGCAAUCCCGUUCGAGAACGGCAAAGAGGCUGUUGGACCCUCAAACGGGUCCGUCAGCAACGGGGUCCUUGUGUGCGUGGAAAGGAAAGCGUCUGUGUGUGUUCGCCUGGGAUGGCCCUCAGAAGUUUUUGGACAUCAUUCGUGAGGUGAGUGUUAGUGAUUUGAACAAUGAGUUGCUGAAGUUUGACCAAGAUCUGGCAAAUGAGAUUCUGCGGACAGAUGGUCUAGUGCGACAGAACUUGGAAGCGGUCCUGCGAGACAAGUUCGCUUGGUGCCAGAAGCUGCCUUUCAAAGUAGCAGGUAUCUUUCGUUUGUGCGUAGAUAAGUCUUUGCCUGAGGUCAUAGGGUUCGCAAAGUCGUGUUUCCAGGAAUAUGCUGCAGCUGCCGAGGCCGGCGUCAGCAUAGAUCCUAUCAGUGUUUUCCUAUGCGGGAAACAAAGUGACGAAAGCCGUCAACUAUGGCAGUUUGCCCAGCAGGACAUCACUGGUGGUCGCACACUGAGGUCGCUGCGACAAUUUCCACGGGCGUUCGCGGAAAUCCAGGAGCGAGCGUGGUGCCCCAUGGCAGAGCGGUUCUUAGAGUCGCAACAUCGAGGCAUCAAGUGGGCUUUUCGCCGAGGCUUCACUAAGGCGAAGCCUGCCGUAACCUGUGCACGGCUUCGUCGGAAUCCGGUCCUGCAAAUGGUGACCAGCGACGGUGACCGAAGGUUGCAUGUGAUGCAGCAAUGGGCGAGGUGGCCGCUGAAGUCCGCUGAAGCCUUCAAGGCUGCUGCUGUAGCAGCCAUCACCAACCAAGCGGCGAGUGGGCCAGUCCUGAAGCCCGGCCACAGGCAGUGGGUGAGUUUUCUGAAGCAGCAGCUCAGCAACGGCACCCUAUGUUCCUUCCCCCGAAGUAUCUUCGAACUACUUUCAGCAGAUGAUGAGCCGGAGGAGGAGGGCAAGGAAGGUGAUGCUGCUGAAGAUGACCUAGAUGAUGACCUCCUGUCUGAGGCUCUUGGUGACGAAGAAUUCGGACUCCCGGACUUGGUCCCCGGAGGAACGGUUUACUGUCAGGUCAUCGAUGCCCGACCCGAAAAUCGUGCGUCUGUGAAACAGGGUCUCGCUGAGGACAAAGGCAGAAACGGGAUGCUGGUGCAGAUCUUCUCGGACUUUCGCCCGAUCACGAAUGUAGACGGUGUUUGCAAUCGUGUUGAGGUGUGUGGGUCUGGGUCGUCUGUGACUAUGCUGAAUCUGUCGCGAGCCUGCACACGUGACCUCGUGUUGUCGAUGUUUCAGCAGGUUUGUGUCUGGUCUGCUGAGUCUGCGGGCAUGCGGUUAGAGAUUCAGAGCGGGCCUGCCGGGCCUGAGGAAGACCUCUUCCCUGCCCUACCAGACAUCAAUGCAGGCGAUGAAUUGGUGGAUGAUGACAUGAAGCUGGAUGUUUUCGUGCAGCAAGUAGUAGAGAACUCCUUGGUAGCACAGGCAGACAUUUUGUCAGAGAGGCAGGCAGGCAAGGGGUUGUCAGUGGGCAGUGCCGCCGUUUCUCUCUCCCAAGAGGAGCGGCAGGUGGCGGAUGCCCUCGUGAAUGCCGGUGCUCUGGGGUCGACCGAGAUCUCUUUGUCUAGGCUGUCAGCAGAGCACAACGUGGUCGCCUUGGUGGCUCCGUUUUUGCUGCAGCCCAAAACCUUCUGGGUCGACCCGAGUCGACCCCUGCCUUUGAGCCAUGCAAGAGUGGAGCUCCUCAACAGGUCCCGAAAGAAGGGUACCAACAAACUUGAGUUUGUGAGGGCUCUUGUGCGAAGUGGAUGGCACUGGCUCAAUCCUGGGCAGGACACCCCUGAGCAGAUUUCAUCUGAUGAUGUUCCCGGGUGUUUGCCGAAGAAUGUGUUGACUCUUACCGAGUCGCAUCUGAAGGCUUUGUUCCUAGCACCAUGGAUUUUUCAGAAGCCGGGGAAGUUGCCACGAAUGUUUCACGAGCAGAAGCAGGCGUACUAUGAGUAUUUGCUGGCUGCUGCGGAUUUGAGUAGCAUCGCUCACAUGUCGCAGAGCGACAUCACAGCCUUUUUCAGCAAGGACAAAGCAGCCGGACGGCGAGUCCGGGGUCUUGCUCAGAGGCUGCGGGACGAAUCUGAUGUGAGUGGUGAUGAAGGUGAGCAGAGGCCUGUUUUAGAGGACCUUAAAGCCUUUGUAAUGUCGGAGGCCAUUGAGGCCAACGAGCCUUCGGCUUUGCAUCCCGACCUUCGCCAGGCCCCUGUGCAAUCCAGAGUUCCGGGCCUUGACUGUAAAAUUUACUUUGACAACUUCAGCCAUGAGUCGGGCAAGUUGCGGGCCUUCUGCCAGUGCCGGUAUCACCGUGACAAGAGAUGCAGGUUUUACUUGUUUGUGGAGCAUUUGGGCCGCUCAGAGACGGUGGCGAAGCUGCUGGCUUGGGCGAGUAUGGAAGCAGCCUCUGUAGAGGAACAUCUCAGGUUGCGGCCGACACAGGCCCAGAUUGAUUGCAUGCUGCACUUGCAGAGCAUCUAA